UGCGAUUGAACAAUGCACGUUGCGCAUUCUCUGUUCACGACGCAACCAUGGACGACAAGGAGAACAAUGCGCCCAUGGCCCUCGACGAUCAGAUGGGCUUGACCGGCAUCGUGAUGUCGCCAAAGAAAGGAGGCCGACGAGGCCGAAGCAAGAGCAUAGGUCCUGGCGCAUUGGACAACGACCUUGACUUCGAGGCCAUGAAGAAGGAGGCCAAGAACAGACGAAAGUCAGCAUUCAUACCAGCAACGAGAUCCAUAUUAUCGAAAAAUGAGGACGCCGAAAAGGCAGCGCGACGCAAGACGAUGAUCAACAGACGCGUCUCGUUUGCGCCGGAAGCCACUCUACACACAUGGGACAUCAUCGAGUCUGCGCGUGACCACACAACGUCUACCGAUACCUCGGAGAACACUCGACGCGCUUCGGGGUUGGCCUCUGGCGAAAGCAGCUCCCCGGCCGCAAGUUCAGAUACCGACGAGUCGCAGGACGAAGAUCUCUUCAGCAACGGGAAACCUGAGAUUGCCAACAGAGGCAAGAAGUAUCGUCGGAGCUCUGGCAUCCCACCGAUGAACUUCAACAACCCGGACGACUUCUACUCGAGUGGAGCAGACGGCAGCAGCGACAGUUCUGGUGCCGAGGAAGACGAUGCAGACGAGGAGGAAGAUUUCGAAGGCAACACCGGUACAGCAAUGAGCCUGGACAUCGCCGACAACACCGUUCAAUCUGGAAGAAGCGACUCCAGCACGGGAUCCAGCGCUCGUUUGGAAGCAGCCCUUAAGCAGGCUGCGCACAUGGCGGGUACGAGGGGCAUCGCAUACGACGAAUACGGGGACAUGUCUAUGGAGCUUGCUGCGGAGGAAAUCACCAAUGCUUUCCAGCCGUGGGUACAAAAGCUUGCAGGUCAGCAAACGGACGCCGCUGCCUCUAUGGAUCAAGAGAAUGUGAAUCCGUUCUCGACCGGGUUCAAUGCGCAGAUCUCUGGAUUACAGUCCGCCGGGCCUCUCAUAGACCAUCAGGACGAAGACGACGACGUCAGUAUGGACGUCACGAGAGCUGUCGGCCGCAUCGUCAGGGAGCCGAGCGAAAACCUAGAGAGCUCACCCGGGUCUGAUGGUGCGAUGGAGUUCACACAGGUCGUAGGCAAGAUCACUAGCCAGAAGAGGCGCCGUUCAACAAAUGGACCCGGCGCCGCAGCCGAGAACUCCACCGAACCCUCCACGAAGCGACAACGUGCCUCAUUAGCUCGAUCUUCCAUGGGCAGCGAGAUGGAUCUAACCAUGGCUGUCGGAGGCAUCCACCAAGGUUCUUCUCCCAGCAAAGGUUCGCAGAGCCGCAAUUCUAGCCGGCGCUCGUCCGCCGCAGAUGCGACUAUGGACGAAGCGACGAUGGAAUUCACAAGAGCCGUCGGGCGCAUUGCGAGCACAGGAAGAAUUGCCGAGGACGAGACCCCCGACGAGAAUGAGGAGCUCACGAUGGAGCUUACGACUGCAUUGGGGGCGAUUAAUGCGAAUCCCUUCAUUUCUGAGCCCCGGCCUAUCACACCUCAAACCAAUGACUCUCCACUUCGCUCGGCAGUCAACACGACUCCUAAAGACCAAACGCGAUACAAGGAUGCGCCAGAGCUGGGACCGAAGAAGCUCUUGACACCCAUUCUUCAAAAACAAGCGAGACUUCCCGCCGAUGUCUCGGAACUUUCACUACAAUCGCCUAGGCUUGUGAAUAGAGCAGUAGAUACCGCCAAGUCCCUCGAUGCCGACGCUUCGGAAUCAGCAAGUCCGUUCUUGAGUGUGAGGGAUCGACACAGUGGAGAGAACUCGAUUCCCGAGGACUCGCCAGCUGUCUAUCCUGAGCUUCCUGUCACCGUCUCGACCACGCCCGCCAAGUCACCGAUUGCAAAGCAGAAUCAGACGCCCGCCUACCUCACGCCGGAACGACAGGUAUCGCAGCAACAACAGGCGCAAUCACCAGGUUUAGAGCGCACUCCAUUGUCUGUCAGGCAGCCAAGAUCAUCAACGCGCCGAUCAAGCAGGUCGCCGAAUAAAUCGACUUCUCAAGACGACCCGAAGAGCCUGACGGAUUCCAUCAAGCUCAUGUCAACCCCCAGAAAGGAAACUCUGAAGACCGUCACGCCGAAGAAGCUAGCUGCUGCCCACCAAUUCUCCCCAGCGAAGGCGAUCACGCCGCGAGGUCGCCCGACACCAAAGGCGGUGGCGAAGGGUCAGGCAAAUCUGUCACCAGCUAAACAUUUGGCUGAAGAUCUCAAGAAGAUCAAGCUUUCCGGCGAGCCAGCGAACCAGAUCGGUUUGGCCGACUUCUUGAACCAAGCCGGGAUCAAAUUCAUGGAUCUCACAACAACGAAGCGUCGGAUGACGACCGUCGCGACUCCUUCGAAGGCCCACGAGGCCGGCUCAGCUGUGGGCGACCUUGCAUCUCAGGAGGUGCUCAACCUUGAAUCCAGCGUGGUCGCCGCCGCAUGCACGGUACCUGAGCUGGAACUCUAUCAACACGCAUGCCACGAACUCAAACGCUACACGAGGGAGGGCAAGCAGAUGGUUGCCGAACUCGAAGCCGAAACAGCCAAUGAGACGCCACCGCUCUUGCUGGCAUACACAAAUGCCGAUAAAGCUCGAAAGGCUGAGCUCGAUGUGUACAUGCGUGACAUGAAAACCAAUGCGCGUCUACGGAGCAAGGAGAUGUGGUACGCCUGGCGCAGCCAACUUCUCGAUGAACUCAUGGGGGGCCUCCAAACAAUCGGUGAAAAUCUCAUCAAGGACGAUGACAUCGUCAGCAAAUCGGAGAAGAUGAUCGAGCGAGUACUGCCCGAUCUGAUGGCCCAGCAUGAGCAACUAUCCGCGGAGGCAGAUGCGCUUGAAAAAGUCGUCAACCUUGUUUCUGAGAGCGAAAAGGAAGACCUGCAAGACUGCAGGGAAACCCUGAAGGCUACAAACGCUACGCUUGCGGCCAAACGGGAAAUUCUGGAACAGCUGAGACAGCAAGUGAAGGAGCAAGAUGAUCUGGCUGUUCAACUCGCCGAAUCCAAAGAGGAAUCGCUUGCUGCUAUGCUAGAGGCCAACCGCGUACGCGAGGCAUGCAGGGGCAUCCCGGUCAGCGAAAUAGCAGCACUCACAGAAUCUGUGAAACGCAUCGAAGAUACUACGGGAUGGUCCAUCACCUCUGCGACAGCGACGCCCGCGACACUAACCAUGACAUACAAGUCGCAGCUGCAACUCUUUUUCCAUCCUGCGGCUUUCAGACAAAGCGUUGACGACGCGGCUUCCGAGCCAGCGGAGAGCCCGAAUGCGCCCAUCAGACUGACCUACAUUGGUGAUGAAGCACGCGGUCGAGAAUCAUUGACUACCACCCGUCGCUUCUUUGUGCAGCUCCUUCAGGCAACAUGUCAAGGACUGCCGCAAUAUUUGACCAAGGCGUCUGACUUGCUCGGGCUGAUCAGCACCGGUUGGGACACGGCCGAGACGAUCGCCGAGAGCGAACGACGCUUACACAUCGAGACCCCGACCAACGCCAAGAUCAUCAGCGACGAACGACUCGACAUCGAGUCUAACAUCCUCCUGACCAAGGUCCGGACCAAGGUCCGAAUCUCCUUCUCGAUCAAGCCCAGCCUGGGAGCGGACCUCCAGUGGAGUUUCUCCGUCAAGCCGCAGGUCGCGGUGGUCUACGGCGAGGAGUACGAUGAGAAGAACAUGACCAAAUUCCUCCGCGCGCACGACGGAGACGCCAUGGACGGCUGGGAUGACGCGGUGCGGAAGUUGAGGGAGAAACUCAUCGCGCGAGGGCCCAAGGGCUCGCGGAAGUGAGAUCUCGAUGGGUCCGGGGGGGUGUUUUCAAACUGAUGAUUUUUAUUUCUGGCUCCGAGAUGAGAUGAUACCCACUUGCAAUUCUGCCUUUGACAUCUGCCUUCUCGCGCUUGACGUUCACUUCCCUUCCGUUGAUCUUGUGAUGCCGAAGCACUGUACUGUACUGUACUGGGCAUGGAUUGUCUCCGAACGCCACGGCCGUUACAGGUGAUGAUCGUUGGCUUGACUGUUGAACGUGAAUAUGCCAUAGUCGACAGGCUCGCCCAUCACAGACAGACUCGCCAGAACCACCGUCCAACAGGUGUCAGGCAUGGACGCAACAAUGACUUCUCUCGUAACAAGUGUAAUAACGCCCUCAGGAGACAUGAACUCGGAGCGGAAAGGAUUGCGAUCGUCCUGCGGCGUCAUGCACCAAUGCAGCCGAGCCACGUGGGGAUGAUGGACGCGAAUUCCUGGG